UUGACAACAAUCCAAUCUCAUGGAGAUUACAAGUCAAGACACAAUCAACCAACCCUUCAAGGAAAAACCAUCUUCUUGCUUCUCUAAUUCUCUCCUCUCAAAAACCUUGAAGCAACCAAUUGUGUAUUCAUAUUCAUAUAAAAGGCAUCAGAUUCUUUACCAAUAUAAUAUUAUAUGCCACUUUCAUUGGUUCAAAAUGAAUAAUAAUAACAACAUGGUGUUUGUUCUUAUUCAUGUUUUUGUGUUAUUUUCUAUAUCUAUGACAGUGGUGAAUUCAGUUGAUUGGAAUUUCCCAGCAGUUUUCAACAUGGGUGACUCAAAUUCUGACACUGGUGAACUUACUGUUGGCCUAGGCUUUCAGCUUGCCCCACCUAAUGGACAGAAUUACUUCAAAACUCCAUCCGGAAGGGCGUGUGACGGCCGUCUCAUCGUUGAUUUCCUAAUAACUAACAAUCAAAUAGUUAUGGCCACUGACAAAUAUUGUAUGAUUCUAACUAUCAUUACCAUAUCCUUGUUACCUUGUUUCAAAUCCAUCCACUUAGAUUUUCCAGCAGUUUUCAACUUCGGUGACUCGAAUUCUGAUACCGGUACCCUUGUUUCCACUGGUUUUGAGACCCUUUACCUUCCAUAUGGACAAACUUACUUUCAUCCACCCUCAGGGAGAUACUCUGAUGGCCGUCUCAUCGUUGAUUUUCUUAUGGAUGCAUUCGAUUUGCCGUUCUUAAACGCGUAUUUGGAUUCGUUGGGCUUGCCGAAUUUUAGAAAAGGUUGUAACUUUGCAGCAGCGGGUUCAACUAUCUUACCAGCCACUGCAUCAUCAAUCUGUCCUUUCUCGUUCGGAAUUCAGGUGUCUCAGUUUCUCCGAUUCAAAGCUCGCGCUCUCGAAUUGCUCGCGAAAAGUAGGAAAUUCGAUAAGUAUGUACCGAGCCAAGAUAGUUUCGAGAAGGGACUAUACAUGUUUGAUAUUGGACAGAAUGAUCUUGCUGGUGCAUUUUACUCAAAAUCAUUAGACCAAAUACUUGCAUCAAUUCCAACAAUUCUUGUAGAAUUUGAAACCGGGAUCAAGAGACUAUAUGACGAAGGAGCUCGAUAUUUCUGGAUUCACAACACAGGUCCUCUCGGAUGCUUAACACAAAACGUUGCUAAAUUUGGAACCGAUCCAUCGAAACUCGAUGAACUAGGAUGUGUUAGUGCACAUAACAUAGCUGCUAAAACCUUUAAUCUGCAGCUUCAUGCUUUAUGCAGUAAAUUCCAAGCACAAUAUCCAGAUUCAAAUGUUACAUAUGUUGAUAUCUUCGCCAUAAAAUCUAACCUCAUUGCAAACUAUUCAAGAUACGGGUUUGAACAACCUAUAAUGGCGUGUUGUGGAUAUGGAGGACCACCAUUGAACUAUGACAGUAGAGUUUCUUGCGGGAACACGAAGAUAUUGAACGGAACAACCAUAACGGCGAAAGGCUGUAGUGAUAGUUCUGAGUAUAUAAGUUGGGAUGGAAUUCAUUACACUGAGACUGCAAAUCAGUAUGUUGCAUCACAGAUUCUUACUGGAAAAUACUCUGAUCCUCCUUUCUCUGAUAAAAUGCCAUUCCUUCUUAAGCUCAAGUUCUAAAUAUUUUUUGUUUUUUUUUUUCUUACUCAUUUAUUUUAUUCUUUAUGAUAUGGUAGUGAAAUGAAAUUGACAUGUAACAUGUUUGUGACAUAAUGUUAAAGAUAAUGUUAAAGAAUAUGUACAUUAAUAUA